AUGUUUGAGUGGUCAGCAAAAGGCCAAAACCAGUGCCAUGAAAACGUCACACACACAACUGACGGACUGAUCAACCCCGUAUCGACCUCUGACCUCAAGAACUGGAGAUUCAGAGAAAGGAGAUUGUGUGAACCCUUCUCAUUGGAAACAGAAAAGAAGCCUAGGUCGAGGUUUAGUCUGAAGUGUAAUGGCUCCUUCCCUGAAGCUUUAUACACCACUACAGAUGACUAUAAUGACAUUUUCACAGUGAACUUUAAUGACAGUUGCUUAGCAACGUAUAUCAAACAUUGUUGCCAUGACGAUAAACCGGUGCCAAAUGUAAUCCACUAUGUGUGGUUUGGGGAUAUGGAGCUGAAAUAUUUCAACUUUCUUAGUUUGAUGAGCGCUCUGAGGUUUCAACAGCCUUGCCUGAUAAUUGUGCACGGACCCACAUUGCCCCACGGCCCCUACUGGGACCACUUCCUGCAUCUGGCCCCGCCCAUCGUCCACGUUGCUAGGGAACGACCAACGCAGGCAUUCGGACAACCUCUGUUCGCCAAGGAGCACGCUUCCGACCUGAUGAGGAUAGAGGCACUGAUGGAGUACGGUGGCAUCUACUUGGACUUUGACGAACUGUUACUUCGCCCCCUCCAUCCCCUCAGGAAGUAUCCAUAUACCCAGGGACAUGAGAUGCACUUCUCCAUGGGAUCUCAGCUCGUCAUGGCUGCCAGAGACGCGCCGUUCCUCCGAAUGUGGUAUUAUGGUUACCGUGACGAUUACAGACGGAUAUGGGCGUACAACGCACUCUGGGUCCCUAACACGCUUGCUAAAAAGCAUCCUGAUCUCAUUCACGUGGAGGGUUACAAUUUCACUCGCCCGAGUUGGAAAAACGUGAAACUUAUUUUUGACGCCAAUUACGACUGGUCUUCUAACUAUGGAAUGCAUAUGUAUGCGCGUUGGUACAGACGUCCUAUUGACGUCACCAGCAUGAGGACGUUAAACACCACAGUCGGUUCCGUGUCGAGAUAUAUAUUGUUAGGAAAUAAAGAACUGUGUAUAAACACUUAGAGCGAUAUACGAUAGUAAGGUAUGGUGUCAAUUCUACGAUACUGAAGUAUGGUGUCAGUUAUACGCCAUUAAAGAGUGGUGUCAAUUCUACGAUAUUUAAGUAUUGGGUCAGUUGUACGCCAAUAUUUACACUUCAACUUCCAUUCCUUAAAUGAACUGCCUUUCGGCAAUUGCGGUUUUCAUCCGAUGAACGCAACAUCUUCGGAUAUGUUCGGAUUGCAAUUACUCGCAUAACAAUAUACAUGAAAAAUGUUGAUCUUG